AUGGACCUUAUAUUAGACGCUUUAGUUGGGCAAAAAGUUAAGCACGUGAAGCAAUUAAUGAAAACAUAUAUCUGCUAUCAAAAUGACUAUACUAAAAAAUUUAAAGAGGCCAGCAAUAGGAAAACUGAGGAAUUUGCGAAGGCGUAUAAUUUAUUAGUAUCCUGGAAUUAUAAUACGAAAGGAUCGAAAUGCCCAUUUGCAUUACCAAAAUUCACAACGCCAUUGUACCACAAUUACGAAGAUAAUAAUCCUAAUUCGAGAAUUAAAUUAAAGGAAAAUCUUAAAAAAAACGUAAACAAUGAUGCAGCGGAUUUUCUAAAAUCUCAGCCUAUUCCACAGAAUAAUGAUGGUCCUGUAAAAGUGGCCGUCGCAAACAAUUUUGAAGAAAUUGUAUACAAAAAUGGAAGAGAUACUUUAUUACAAUUUUAUGCACCUUGGUGCAUGCAUUGUAAAUCAUUGGCUCCGGUCUAUGAAGAAUUAGCAAUAAAGAUGAAGGAUGAAGACGUAGAAAUAGUAAAAAUUGAUGCGACUAAUAAUGAUAUUCCUAAAACUUACGAAGUGCAUUUUUAUCCCUCUUUAUAUUGGUUACCUAAAAAUAUGAAACAUGAACCAAUCAAAUAUAAGGGAGGACGAAAAUUGGAAGAUUUCAUCACCUAUAUAGCCAAAAAUUCUACAAAUGAACUGAAUGGAUACGAUCGCUCAGGACAACCAAAAAAUAAAAAGACAUAA